GGAAGUCUCUCUGAUGGUUUAAAAGGAAACUCUGGUGGUAAUCAACUUGUGGAUGCUUUCAGUUUCAUUUGUUAAAGUUACAGGAACACACAGAGCAGAGCACUUUAUUUCCUGCUUGCUUAUACUUGAAAAAGAGAUUAUCUAGAAUCCCAGAAUGAGUGAAAAGUAUUUUCUACUUGAAGUUGGAGGUCUUCCAGAUGAUUUAACUAUCUCUACUAAAUCUAGACUGGAGCUGUAUUUCAGUAACAAACGAAGAUCUGGUGGGGAUGAGUGUGAAGUUAAGGAGCACCCAAAUAAGAAAAGAAAGGUAUUAAUUUAUUACAAAACUCAAGAAGCCAGGGAAAGAGUUCUUAGAAAGACCCAUGACUUAGAAUUUAAGGAAUAUGGAACUGUUCGUCUUCAAGUUCAGCCCUUUGAAGAUGAAAGUGGAGAAAUGGUAGCAGAUACUCCAAUCAAAAACAUCAGCCAGUGUAAUAUUACACCAGUUAAACUGGAAAAGAAUAUUUUACUGGAAAGUCCUCAGAAGCCCCACAGUUCAAGGCCAGCACAUGACGAAGAACCUGACUCAGAAAAUCUGAAGAAGAUUUUGUGCAGAACAGAUCAUCAGGUAAAUGGUGUACCUCUCCACAUUGAGUUGGAAGAUAGCACAGAAUUUGAUAAAAGAAGAUUUAUUUUGGAAGGCUUUAAGGAGAGCACUCGUUUACCAAUCAUCGAUUUAUACAUCGAUAGCUGCAGCAAUAACACAGCGCACUCCUUGGAAGUUCUGGAUGAUGGAAAACAAGUUGUAGUGACAUUUAAAUCAGAUAUAGAUGCAGGAGCCUUCAUGAAGAACUGCUCUGGGAAAAAGCUGGAUGAAGCACCCAUUACAGUUUCUCGCCUUGAGCCUACAGACACUGUUAUGGUAGAGGGGAAAUUUGAAGAAUUAUCUGAAGAUUUACUCAAAUUGUAUUUUUCCAAUUCAAAAAGAAGCAAUGGAGGAGAUAUUUCAUCAUUUACUAUUAACCGAUUGGAAGGGGUUGCUAUGAUUCAAUUCAAGGAUCCCUCGGUAAUCGAAACAGUAACUACAAGACAUCAUGUGAUAUCCGAUAUUCAGUUAAAGGUUUCCCCAUACUUCCAGUCAUUGCAGAAACCACUGUAUGGUGACAAGCACCCAUCUUGUGAAAUUCCUAAGAUGGUUGAAAUUCCUGUUGAACCUGCAAUAAAAGAAUAUUUAAAAUGCAACGACCUCUUCAAACACAAAUUUGAGAAAGUUUGCAAAGCUACUUACUCUGACCUAGAAGUGAGCACAACGGUAAAUCAGAUCACAUUAAAGCGAAGCAUAGAUGAGAGCAAAAUUCUAUUUUAUAAGGUUGCCAGGCAAUGGGAACAGAAUGCAAAGGAAACAGUACAUUCAUUUCUGAACGGUUAUGAUACAGAAGAUAUUGCAGUUGAUGCAGAGUUGUGGGAGAGGAUCCGAAAACAAUGUGAAGCCCUAGAACACUCUGACCUUGGGCUCUGGUACAACCAGUCAAAAAAUAUUCUAACUGCAGUGGGAGAACAGCAACUGGUAGCCAACGCCAUGACUAAUAUUAACCAUAUUAUUAAAGAAGCAGAGAUUGCCUUAGAAAUUGAAAAGAAUACCACUGAAGAGACCAUCUCAUUUGACACACAUAAAGCUGCAGACUUUGUGCUAAUGGUGGUCCAGGACUCAUUAUGUGAUGUUGAACUUCAGCGGAAUAGUGAUUGCACACCUUGCCAAAUCAAAAUAACAGGUGUCAACCAUAAAGUCGCCCAAGCUAAGAAUUGUAUUGCGGUAGCAAAAAACAAGAUGGUGACGCAGAAUGUUGAUCUAUCUUCCGACAUGGUGAAAUUCAUUACUUCACUCAGUCUGACGGCAUUCGUAUCGGACUAUUUUACUUCAAAUGGAAUCAAAGCAACAUUGUUUUCAGAAAACUCUUUAAAGCUCAUUGCAGCACAUGCGGAUGAGGCAAAAAAGGCAAUUGAUAAAAUUAAACAAGCUAUCAAAGAAGAAAAUAUAUGUCUAUCUGCAGAACAAGCUAAAGUAACUGAAAGUAUCAAGUGGAAAUCUUUUAUUGAACGACUACAAGGUGAGAUAAAGUCAUGGAAUGAGAAGUGUGACAUCUCGUCAGACGAGAAGAAAAUAACAGUAGUGGGACCCACCAGCGUUGCUGCAGAUGUUACUAAUAAAAUAAAGGGUUACCUUGACAAUAAAAAAACUUCUUCAAAAGUGCUUGACCUAAAAGAUUUUCAUGUGUUAGAUUACGUAGAGAAGUUCAUAAACCCAUCCCUACUCCCAGAUUUUAAAGACAAAGAUAUUAGUAUACUUCCUAGGAAAAUGAUGCCAACCCCAAAUAUUACCAUUAAUGGAGCUGCUGAAUACAUUGAUGAUGCACUUAUGGCUGUGCAGAAGUACGUUGAGACAAUUGUUUCAAAGACCUUUGUCUACAGUAAUCCGGGGGAAGCAAAAGUUCUUGAGAAACAGAAAGAUGCUGUCCGAUCUAAAGCUGUAGAAUCUGGUUGCAUGGUGUGGUUUACACAACAAAGUGCAAUUCAAAAACCACCACUUGAUGUUAACUUCCACACUUGCUUAAAUGGCUUGAAUUUGUUUGCUAAACAUGGUGAUAUAUUAAAGGAAAAGGCUGAUGCUUUAGUCUGUCCUAUAGAUGGUGACAUGUCCUUUAGUAUGAAACUUAUCAAAGAUGUUAUACAUGCUGGAGGGCCUGAAAUACAAAAGGAAUGUGGCAAAAUAAUUAGAGAGAGAAAAACGCUGGCUUGUGGAGAUGUGUUGACACCAUGUAAAGGCAUGCUUCAUUUUCAGCUUCUGAUACUGGCAGUUACGCCAAUAUGGGGAAAAUGUAACUAUACUAUGAAAGGGAAAAACAUGGAAAGCAUAUAUUUGAAGCACGUCUUCCUGAGAUGCUUUGAUACUGCGGAACAAAAACAAUGCACAUCUAUUGCCUUGCCUAUUUUAGGAAGUAAUGACUUUGGAUUUUCCAUCCAUGAAAGUGCAGUUACAUUCAUGGAAGCAGUUAAAGAAUAUGUUAACAAGAAACAAAGCCAGACAAUAAAAGAAAUUUAUGUGAUUGACAUGGAUGAAAAAGCAAUUGAGGAAUUCAGUGAAGCAGCAAAUUUAGUGCAGCACUCUAAAGUUACAAAGAAGCAGCCAAAGUACUCACUUCUGCAGAAAUUUUACCUAAAACAUUGUGCAUCACCAAAAGCAGCUGCUGCAAGCUUUUCAACAGAGCCGACACUUGAGGUAUUGGGUGUGACAGUGACUCUCAAAAAGGGUGACAUUACACAGGAAGACGUCAAUGCCAUAGUUAAUUCCACCAAUAAAACCCUGGAUCUAGAUACUGGUGUUUCUGGAGCAAUUCUCAAAGCAGCUGGGAGCUCUGUGAAAGACGAAUGCAAAACACUAGAUAAUGAAGUGGUCAUCACAGGAAGUGGAAAUCUUAAGUGCAAGUUCAUAGUUCAUAUGGUUGGCCCUACAAAUGCAGCAGGAAUGAUCAAAUCUGCAGAAAAGGUUCUUCAGGAAUGUGAGAAAAAGGGUAUUAAAACAAUUUCUUUCCCAGCUGUUGGAACAGGUAGAGGUGGCAUGGGUCCACGAGUUGCAAUCGAGUCAAUCCUAAAAGGAUUUGAAAACUACUUCCAGAAUACAUCCCAGACAGUCAUUACAUCAAUUUCUAUAAUAGCUUUUGAACAGAAAAUAUAUGAUGCAUUCCAUGACUAUUUUAAGGAGAGACAACAGCAGCCAGCUACUACAAAACAGGGAACAGGCCUACAGACACCUAGUCUUCAAGGCAUACAGCUUUCCUCUUCUAAGCAAGGAAAUCCCGCUGUACAGAGUAUGUCAUCACCGGAUCAGAUCAAGCUGUAUGAUGUGGAGGUAACGGUGAAGAAAGGAGACAUUACUAAAGAAGUCGUGAAAGCUAUUGUAAACACAACAAAUACAACUCUAAGUUUACAAACCGGAGUUUCUGGAGCCAUCCUUAAAGAAGGCGGAAGCGUGCUUGUUGAUGAAUGCAAAAAGCAUAGUCCACUGCCUGCAGAAGGCGUUGUAAUGACAAGUGCAGGGACUGGGACUCUGAGCUGUGAUCAUGUCAUACACAUGGUAGGACCUACUAAACUGCCUGGAGUUACUUCUCAAGUGGAAAAAGUUUUGCAGGAGUGUGAGAAGAAUCAAAUUGAUACCAUCUCAUUUCCAGCAAUAGGGACAGGUGCGGGAUGUCUGAUUCCUAAAGAAGUUGUUCCUGCCAUGCUGCAAGCUUUCCUUAAUCACUUAUCUAAGCAGAGUUCUACAGUGUUAAAGUCGAUCUUCAUAUCUGUUUUUGAAGACAGAGUCUACAAUGAAUUUAUUGAUGGCCUGAAGGAGUGGGGACAGGCACAGACCACAGCUCAGCCAUCUGCCAUUUUACAGAGCUCUUCACUCCCAUCUGCAUCCACAUCUGUCUCAAAUCCACAUUUGCCCAUUCAUCAGUCAGGAUCUGUUCCAGAUGUUCAAAGUCAAUCAUCACCAGAGCAAAUCAAAAUCAGUAAUGUGACAGUAACAAUUCGGCCAGGCGAUAUCACUAAAGAAUGUGUAAAAGCAAUUGUAAAUUCAACAAACAAAACCUUAGAUUUGAAAUCAGGUGUCUCUGGGGCUAUUUUUACACAAGCUGGAAAAUCAGUUGAAGAUGAAUGCAGAGCCUUUGGUUCACUGCCAGACGAUGGAGUUGCAGUAACAGGAGGAGGAUCACUUAGCUGUGAUUAUAUCAUACAUAUGGUGGGACCUACAACUCUAGCAGGAGUUACCUCACAAACAGAAAAGGUUCUUCAAGAAUGUGAGAAGAAUCAAAUUACUACUGUUUCAUUUCCAGCCGUAGGGACAGGUGUAGGGAAGCUGUCACCAGAAGAUGUGAUCAAAGCUAUGCUGCAAGGCUUUUCAAAUCACCUAUCAAAACAGGGAUCAUCAGCCAUCAGAUUUAUCAGCAUCAUUCUUUUUGAGAGCAAACUUUUUAAUGUAUUUAUCAAAGGACUGACACAAUGGGCUGAUUCACAGAAAUCCAAAUCAAACUGUGCUACUGAGGACAGUGAUUCGUGCACAGAUGAUGACAUGAGUGAUGAUGAUACAAAUGACAAGCAGUUGGGUUGUAUAGAAAUAAAAGUUGGAAAGAUUAAGGUCCAAACCAUCUGCGCUGAUAUCACUAAUGAAGAAACCAAUGCAAUUGUAAACAGCAACAAUAAUGAAUUAAAUCUAAAAACUGGAGUAUCUGGUGCUGUAUUGAAAGCUGCUGGACAGCCUGUAGAAGACGAAUGCAAGGCUUUAGGAAAUCAGACUGGGAGUGGAUUUGUCAGAACCACAGCAGGAAAACUGAAAGUGAAACACAUUAUGCACACAUUUGGGUUGACAUCUGUGAAGGUCAUAAAAAAGAUCAUGCUUAAGAUUCUAAAUGAGUGCCAAGACCUAAAUCUUAACUCUGUAUCCUUUCCAGCUCUAGGCACAGGAAGCAAACAAUACAGUCCUAAAGAAGUAGCCCAGGCCAUGAUGGACGCAAUAGAUAAUUUUGUAAAAGACUGCUCGAAUCCAUCCGUCAAGUUAAUCCGUGUUGUAAUAUUUAAUAAGAAAAUGCUUCAGGAUUUCCAGGAUGUCAUGGAGAAAGCAAAAACGGUGUCACCAAAGUCCAAGCAAAAUGUUCAUCAGCAAGGAAGAAUAACCCUGGCACAGUCAGGGAACCAAAGUCCACUGGAAUUACUGAAAUCAGUUCAAUACCCUUCAUGCACAGUUCAAAUUUAUAGUACUUCAAAGGAUGCCAUCUCAAAAGUUCAUUCUUAUAUUGAUGAUAUUAUAAAAGACAACUGUUCUACGCAACUUAUAAACACUACCUAUGGAAAUUCAUUCUCAGAUGUUGAACUGCAGACAAUAUGUGCCAUGUGUGAAAAAACGCAAAUUAAAGUCGAAUUGGAGACAGACAGCAUAGUGGUGAAGGGAAAGACAGAUGAUGUUCUAGCAAGUGUUGUCAAAAUCAACAGUCUUCUGCAAGAUCUUAAGGAGAGAAUCAACAGAAAACAAGAGGAGGAUAUAAUCAAAAAAACUGUUCAGUGGGAAAUAGUGACUGAAGAGAAUAUAAAACCAUUUAAUUCAAACUUAAAUUAUGAACUUGAGAUGAAUUUUCUCAAAAAGCAAAAUAUCUUCACAUAUACACAUGGAGGACAGCUAUAUACCAUUAACUUUGAAAAGAAGGAACAGGCAGAUCCUCAAGGGAACUGUGUGAAAAUCCGGAGGAGGAUUCUUCUCGAAGACCAUCAGUUAGCUUUGGUUCAACCACCACCUGCUUGGACAGACAUGGGCUCAAAAGAUUUCGAUGUAGUUCUGCUUCAAGUUGAUUCUCCUGAGUUUAAAAAGGUUUCAGAAAAUUUCAAAAAGACCUGUAUUCACUUCAUAAAUAAAUAUAAACAGAAUGUCAUUAUUGUUACGAUUGAACGGAUUCAGAAUCUGAAACUGUGGCAAAGCUAUUCUAUCCGAAAGCAAACUGUUGACAGAAAAUAUCCAAAGUCACAAAAUGAAAAUACUCUUUAUCAUGGGACUACUUAUGAGAUUAGUCAAAAAAUUAACAAGCGUGGCUUUAACCGAAGUUAUUGUGGUAGAAAUGCAACUCAUUAUGGACUUGGAACAUACUUCGCCAAGGAAGCCUACUACUCGUGUGACCAACAAUAUUCAUAUCCCGAUCAAUGUGGAAAUAAAAGAAUCUACCAGGCUAGAGUGAUUACUGGUAAAUUGUGCCAAGGAGGCAAAGAUUUAAAGGAGCCUUCUCCUGUCAAUCCACUAGAUCCUCUAUCAGACCUCUGUGAUUGUGCUGUAGACAGACUGAACAAUCCCUUUGUCUAUGUCAUUUUCUGUGAUGAUGGUGCCUACCCUGAAUACUUAAUAACAUUUAAAACAGUGCCUUUUUGAUUUGUUAAGAAACUGAUUAAAAAGUGCAUGUCAAUGCCAGCUCACAAAAAAUGCAACUAGACCAUCUUAUCCAAAACAACAGUUCUUUGUACUUGCUGAAAUUUUAAAUACCAGCCAAAGGAUUCUGUCUCGCAAAACUCAAUUCUAAUGACACAGCAACAAAUAAUCCUGUCUUUAGAUAGCUGCAUCCACAUUAUACUUUACAAUGAAUGCACUAUUACUUAAGCUUAACUGUGCCAAGGGGUUUGAAAGGUAUCCAAGAGUGAUUUAAUACAGCGUGUUCUGUUUUACUAGACUUACUGGAGCAAAUGCCACAAGCAUUGUUUUAGAAAUCUAUAUUUUGAUCAUACAGAUGGACUGCUUGACCCAUGUUUUGUCUAUUGCCCUUAACUGCUAAAAGGCUAUAGGUCAUGUAAGAACUGCCGGUGUCUCACUGUCUUGCAUUAUUAGGUACUACCACUGAUGUGUCACUGCAACCUCUUUGGGAAAACUGUAGCAAUCACCCAUCACCCUUUGUGGAGGAAAAACAGUAUUUCUACCCUCAGCAGGAUGUUUUGUACUCUGUCUCUUUUUUGAAAGGUGAUAUUCACUUGGACUCAUUAGAUUCCCUUGAAACACUUAAAAUUAUUUAAAAUGCACUUAUCAAGCUUUUCUAUUCUCUCAGUACAUUUCUUAUGGAAAUAAAAGAAUAACGUGUGUAACGGUUUACAGAAAA